CUACCACUCGUUUAUCAUAUUAUACAGGUAAGAUGCUCGGGUACGGCACCUAUCUACCCCCUUGCACCCGCACCCCUAUAAACACGGCAUAGCCAACUGCUGUGCAUCCCCUGCGGCUCCCAAUCAUGCGGUACUCGGCCAAAUACUGAAACCUACAUCCCAACCGCACAUCUCGUCCCGGGAGGCCUGGAGCAGCCUCUGGUUGCUUGACUGAUAGAUGUACAUUGUACAGUACUCUACUCGAGUACGGUAUAGGGACUUUUACGCGCAGGCCAGGUAUGUAUCCGCUUUCGGGUAAGGAAGGAGAGUGACUGGUGGCUCCUGUGUUGUUGGUACAAUUGGCGCUACAGUGGGAGGCCUAAAUUUACCAGGUGAGGGGGUAUACAAGUACCAGUGUAUAGUCUGCUCUGUCGUCCGGAACUCCGAGCUUUGUCCAGACACUGUAUCGAAGUGGGAGGCUACCUGUCUUUGUAUAUUAUACCCCACUCACUCUCUAAUUUUCCAUUAUUUCCUAUCAUUACUACCCCCAGGAGAGCCCUUAAGCUGUCUCUCGAACCUAAGGGGUUUCUACCACACAACCACAUCGCACCGGUACCAUGAGCCCAUCCAUAGGAGACCUCAUAAACGCGCUCUUGAAGGUUCUUAAAAGAAUCCGAGAGUUAUUUCGGAAACACCCAGGGAUGUUCACCAAAGCUCUGAAAGUUGUCACAGGCCUUAUAUUUUUCGUGAGAGGAUUAGCAAGUCUCCUUCCCCCUCCUUCCUCCCCCAACCCGACUAACAGCUUAGGCCAAAGCAGCGGGCCCCCUGAGACUCGCUGGCACGGUGUCCCGCGGCUUCCUCCCGCUAUCCAUAGCAACCUCUAUCCUCUCCGUAUUGAUCGCGGAGGACAAGAUCGACGAGCUAGCAAAAGAAGUCUGCUCCCUGGCGCUCGGCUUUGCCGGUAGCGUUAUCGGUGGUGCGGUCGGUGGGCUCUGUAGCCCUAUCGGCGCAUACGUUGGCUUCUGGGUGGGGGGUGCUAUUGGCGGGCUACUAGGAUGGUGGGUGUAUGCUAGGCUUAAGGGGCUAUUUACCGAGGGCAUGGAUGGGGUUAGACCAAUUGAUAGGAUUGUAGAUAGAUUGUGGUCACGAGGUUUUGGCCGUGGUUAUUGGCGGCCGUAUGGAGGUUUCUAGGGUGCUUUUUGAGAAUCGGUAGGGGAUGGGAGACAGGUGAUCGGUGAGGGGUAACUUAAACGAUCCUCUCUCUCCGUCUAUGGCAAUUGAUCUCCAGAG